UGAGGUAAUACUGCUUAUUAUUGUCAGAAACAAUUAUGGAUGUCAUUCAUACUUUUGAGACUGCAAGGAGUUACACUUGGAUUUUUUGUGUAUAUUGUAAACGUGAAGUACAUAGACACAUUUGAUGGGAAUGGAGAGCAGCACUGUGCCUCUCCGCCAUACAGAAUUACAAGGGAACGUGAAGUUGCCGAGGCGAUAUGCGACGCCCGGAAGUUGUGACGACUCGGCUGAUCGCUUGGAGGAUUUAGCCCAGGCGAUGAGUUGGGUUCGACAAGAGCUAAUACAGUUGCGCCAACAUGAUAUUCUCUUAAAGAGACAAUUUUGUGACAUUCAAGACACAAUACGUUCACUGCGUAAGACACGAGUUCCACGUCACGAGAUUAUGUCCUCUACCUCAAGCCUUCAUUCUACUGCUAGCAGCGUGGACAUUACGAUGGAAAAUUACGGUGUAAGGACGGCUACUAGCGCCACUUUACUUCAGGAGAGUGAGGACUCUGUGGACGAAGCAUUUGCUUUCAGUCGACCACGUACGUCGUCCAUGAAAACUAUACGUGAUCUCGCCGCGCUUGCGCGUAGAAGAGGAAGUAAGGAGAUGAUUUGAUGUCAAAUGACGUUUUUUAGAGACCCAAAGAUGGUGUACGUGUGAUUAUAAUAAUGUGAUUCUGAGAACAAACAUUUAAUCAUUUCUAGUGAUCAGAUGGUUAAUGUGAAUCGUGAAAUGUACGUCAUGUAUACAUGUAGGAUAGAUCUCAACUAUUUUGGCGUAUUGAAAAUUUAGCGCAAUUGGUUGACACUGUUAUGAAACAGUUACAUACAUAUUUAUGUAUUUUAUAUUGAUCUACUUUUCUUCGGUGACUAUAAAUGAAUGCUCAAACUUAUCAAUCAAAGAAGGACACUUGCUUUAUUAAUACACUGACUUACAAUUUAGUGUCCUUAUGCUUGCUAUAAAAUAUACUAGUACCUUGC